GAUCUUAGCAGCUCUAUCGGUGACGAGAAGCGCCUGCAGGAGCACCUACAGCUGCCCAUACAGCGCCUCAACGACUACCAGCUGCUGCUCAGGCUCCCCGAGACAUCCCUGGGAAGUCUCGAGGACCCCCGGCAGAUCGAACUCCUGCACAUCGAAGGGGAGGCGCACCCCCACUACCCCCUCCUCCUGCAGGCCCGAACCCCCGAGUGUCGGGACGCCUGGCUUGAGGGGGUCAAGGAGUACGUCGUCGAGACCGCUUCGGUUGACGACCUCCUUUUCGACGACGACAUUCGCAUCGUCUCUGAGGACGGCGACGAGGUAGACGAGCGCGGUCACGCCAUCACCCCAGCUCCUGACGACCAAGAUCUAUCAGUAGAUGACAAAGAUCUACCGUUAGACGACAAGGACCUACCAGUAGAUGACCAAAACCUACCAGUAGAUCAACUUGUCCCCACCGUAAACGAAGAUCUACUUCCCAAAGAAGACAUACCAAUUGAGGUAGAAUUCGUUCCCAAGGCACGACGUAUACCCAUUGAGGUAGAAGAGGUAGAAAAAGUAGAACAAGAUCACGUUGUUCCACAAGACCAAAAACUCGCGAGGACAAAAGGCGAAGAAGAAAGCUCCCCUCUACCCCAACGCAAAAAGGCUAAGGCCGAUCUACUCGAACAAGUAGAAACAUUCGACUCAAUCUACCAGGAAGGUGGACAGUAUUCUACCGUCUACUCUGAAGAGACAGUAGAAUCAUCAUCUGUUUACCGUCGAUCAUCUACCACCUUCAAGUCCCAAACAUCCAUAGUUGAAUCUACUUCAGGGUUCCAAAAAUCUACCUCUACUUUCGGGUCGAAAGUAGAUGACCAGGUAGACGAGAGUUACCGACAAGUAGAGAUCGUGAAGACCACUCAGGCAGACAACGACUAUCAGUUAUCAGGCGGUUAUCAGUUAUCGGUGAGCAGUGAUAAAUCUAGUGAUAAAUCCGACGGGAAAAUCCGUGAUCAGCAACAACAGCAACAAGAACAGCAGGAUCAGGUAAGAGAAUUUUUUUCUUUAUAA